CGACUCCAAAGAAGCGACGACCGACCGAUCCCGACCGAUUCCGAACGAGCCCGACAGCUACCUUCCUCCGCGCAAGUAAACCCUGGUACUACUACGACUACUACCUAACCUAUCUGUGUGCAGAGUGGAUCGUUGCCACGUGGCUCAUCCUGCUGUCGUUUCGUUUAUUCAUGCAAAGUUUUUUUGUUGAUUGGUCGAUCGAUUGAUUGGUUGAUUGAUUGAUUGAACCGUGACGCGCGGAAGAAAUCGUCUUAGGCGGCGUGAAUGCGUGGCAUUGUCUAGCAACAGAGAUCCCGGAGAAGACAGACGGACGGACUACCGUGGCGUCGCAGCUGAUGGGGAUCCCUACGUGGAAAUAGAAAAAGGCGGGAAAAGAUAAAAGAGGGCAGCAAAGAUUUUCAGCUACAGGUGGCGGCGCCUUGCGGUCGCGGAGACUUUUGGGAAGUCUCGCAGUCGAAUUGGGAACCUUCGUGGACUCUUCAACGAAGUUUCGCUGCUGGCUAUGAACUUUCGCGGUAGAUCGCUCGAGAAGGAUUGGACGCCGUAAGAUCGGUCGCGAAUGUGUUAGGAGGAAACGAUUAGCGACUGGCGGCGUGGAUUCGUCGUUGUUCGGUAAUUAAAUCGGCAAAGAGAGAGAGAGAGAGAGAGAGAGAGAGAGAGAGAGAGAGAGAGAGAGAGAGAGAGAGAGGAGGGGGGGGGGCAAUCAGCAGCAAUCCAUUGAUUGGUCGAGCGCCGCCUAUACGCGCCUUGGGGCAGGGAUUCGUGCCCUGGGGCGCAGCAGCGGCGCGCCGAGUGCUAAGAAGUGCGGCUGGGGUCGGCAGCUGUAGAACGCGCCAUAAAUUCCCGCCAAAAUUCCGAGCGCGCCGUAUUUUUCGCCGUCCCGCUAUUUCAGUCUAUCUUCUGCAAGAGGGGCAAUUAUAAAAAAUGCUGCCUCUGUCGUUACUGAAGACAGCUCAGAAGCAUCCCAUGUUAGUGGAACUCAAGAAUGGGGAGACGUAUAACGGCCAUCUUGUGAAUUGCGACUCUUGGAUGAAUAUUCAUCUUCAGGAAGUUAUCUGCACGUCAAAGGAUGGUGAUCGCUUCUGGAAGAUGCCGCAGUGCUACAUUCGAGGCAACACCAUCAAGUAUUUGCGUGUGCCAGAGGAGGUGAUCGACAAAGUGCAAGAAGAGACCGUCAGGAAAUCAGAUAGGAAGCCACAAAAUGCUACAGGGCGAGGGCGGGGGCGAGGAAGAGGUGGGGAUUAUCCUAGAGAAGAUGGUGGUGGAAGGGGUCGUGGAGCUCCCCGAGGACCGGGUGGGCCUUAUGGCAGUCAAGAUGAUCUGCGAGGCAGAGGAAUGGGCCGCGGAAACAAGGGUGGCAGAGAUACAUGACACUUGUUCAACCUUUGUAUAUUCUUUUCACUAGUUUGUCAUUUGUGAAUCCGAACGCGCAUUGCCGAUCGAUUGUUAAGCUUAGAAGCAGAUGAGGUACUUCGCCACCGCAUGCCCGUUGAGGUUCUCACAUUCGGAGGUUGCAAAGGUGAUAUUGUUCUUGUCUGGGUGUGUGGCUGUCUUUCUCACACCAUCGGGAGCAGAGUGGAGUGUGUGACCUUAGCUAUGUUUUGCCGCAUUAUGCUCCUUCAUCUGUGAAUGGAAUGGGUGUGUAUUGCAGCUAGUUCACCCUUUGUUGGUGUGAAGCAUUUUGAUCGUAGGACUUCUUGGCUUAGGACUUAUUUUGCUUUUGUUCUCUUUUAGCGCGCUGACUGCGAAAGGACUCUCAGACGAAUACAUGCCCGUGCUGUUGAAGAGCGCCAUCUUGACGUCCAUACCGUGUGCAUUCGCAGGAGCUUCGCCAUCGUUAUUUACGGGAGUUGGUGAGGCCAAACAGGUGCUGUCCUGUUUCACUUUCGAUUCUUUGGAUUUUUACGUUGUCUGAAGUCCCGAGGCCUUGUUUUUCCUCUCAUGGGUUCUUUUUUCUUCUCGUCUCUUGGGGCGUUUAUUGACUGUCUGCGAGGGGUCUGUUGCAGCCUUCAUUUUGUCGUUGGCAAGGGUGCGAGUGGGGCCGGGUCAUCCAACCAAGCAGCCUUCAUUUUGUCGUUGGCAAGGGUGCGAGUGGGGCCGGGUCAUCCAACCAAGAUACGGUUGAAGGAAGGGUGAUUUUUCUGAGUGGUAGACACUAAGGUAGGGGUCAGGGGGCGGUGUAACACCAGGGAGAAUUCACGAAAGGGGGUUGGGUGGGACGUCGUGAGGUGGACGACCUGAAGAUCUGUAUUAAAAAAAAAGUUAAUAAAAGAAACAAAGAGGUCGUUCGGGA